AUGACAAAAGAGCCUCGGCUGUGUACUGGCGCCGCCAGCACGUCUCCCCUGGCCCUCGACCCGAACGCUCUGACCGCGCUGCAGGACCUGCUGGCGCGGGUCCCCGCGGCGGCCGUCAACAUGCAGGCCGCCAGCGCCAUGCCCUUUGUAAGCCAUCAGCAGGACCUAGAGGUGCAGCAGCUCCUUCAGCACCUGCAGUCCAGCGCGAGACGAGAGCGAGAUGCGGGGGCGCCGCAGCUGCCAGUGCCGCCUGCGCUGCCCAACGGCGGCGACGGCGGCGCGCCUCCGGCUCCCUCCCGCCCCGCGGCUGCCACCAGCCGACCAGGGCGCAGUGCCGGCGAGGCGCGGCCUGCCACCUCGUACAAUGCCCGACACCAGCAGGCACCAAGCUCACGCAGUGUGCUUUUCCAUGCUAUGCACGUGCAGGCGGAGGCGCGUCGGCGAUCGCGCAUCAACGAGAGGCUCGAGGCGCUGCGGCUGCUGGUGCCCCACACCGAGAGAGCCAAUACCGCCAACUUUCUGGAGGAGGUGGUGCAGUAUGUCCAGCGCCUGCAGAGCCGAGUGACGGACCUGGAGCGCCAGCUGGGCCUCCCCGCCAGCGUUGCCGCCGGCCAGAAGGCGAUAGCAUUCGCAGACGACACGCCUGAAGCGACAACGCUGACAGCUCAGCAGGACGACCGCCGUGCAUCGCAGUCGAUGCCGGAGCAGGGUCCGGCGCCGCCGGCGCAGCCAACGCAGGCGCUGCCGGCGUCGACGCCGCCGGCGCCGGCGCCGGAGGCGCAGGCCGGCGUGCACUCGGUCCAGGCGGUCCUGGCGCUGCUGCAGCAGGCCUCCCAGGCGCCGCCGGUGCCGGCCCAGGAGCAGGUUCAGAUGCUGCUGCUGCAGGCGAUGCAGGCCCAGGCGGUGCAGGCUCAGGUGCAGCAGCAGCUCGACUUGCUGCAGCAGCAGCAGCAGCAGCAGGUGCUCCCGCGCCACCAGCCAGCGGCACAGUUCAGCCUCCAGUUUCAGCCGCCGCCAUCCCUGCCUCAACAGCAGCAGCAGCAGCAGCAGCAGCAGCAGCCGCAGGCGCAGGCUUUCCUGCAGGGGAUGGGCAGCCGGCCGCUGGCCCACUCUGGCGCCACCAGUGGUGGCGGCAGCGGCAGCAGAGGAGACUCGGGGGCCCGGCGGCCCUACCCGGCAGCGCUGGGGCCGCAGAUGCUGGCCGCCGCCGAAAGCCUGGGCACACUGUCGGCCGGCGGUGGCAGCCGGCGCUCGGCCAGCCGCAGCGUGGUGCAGGAGGAGGCAGACGCGGCGGCUGCGGAGGCCGCGAAGCGGCGAGGCGGGCCAGGCAUAGCCACCGACGAGGAGCUGGAUCAGCUGCAUGUGCACCUGGCGGGCCAGCAGGACGACGCCAAGCGCCGGCGCCUGGAGUCGCAGUAG